AUGAGUUCAUAUAGACCCUCACAUUCGCCUCGCAGAGGCAACGGCGGCCACAACAAUGCGCGCGAGAAUCGCAACUAUGGUCGCUACGACUCGCGCUCAUCCCAUCACCCACCGCCACCAGGAGCUGGAGACACCUGGCGCAAUCCAUGGCCCGAGGACCGUGAGUAUCGACGCCAUCCUAGCAGAUCGCGGUCCCCUCCGCGUCGGCUCGACCAUUAUGAUUCUUACAGAGGAGCCGAUUCAGGCCGCAGAUCCGGAGCCCACGAUGGCUACAGACCCGAUACCCGACCACCCCAGGGCGACUUCACCUUUCGCAUGGAUAAGCCCUCGGGUGUAGGCGAGGCUGCCACAGGAGAUUCCUACCGCCCUUAUCAAGGCAACGACCGACGCAGGGCUGGACGUACUCGCGGAGGGCCCUACCGUGGCCGCGGCCGAGGCGCGUACCAGAAGAUCAUCCCAGCCGAGCGCGAACUUUUGCGCGAGCGUCGCGACGGAGUUGACGAGAACCUGGUCGCUGAGGGCGAUGUCGGCGUUGUGUAUAGAGACAUCGACGAGCUAUCAGACGACGAUGAGGCUGAUAUGGAAAUCUCGGACAAUUCGGACGAUGAGUCGGGUGAGCCUUCCAACAAGCGCGCCCGCCUUUCUGGCAACGACGAUUCAGGCAACAGCAUCCCCAAGUGGUCCAAUCCAGACCCGUACACGGCCUUACCCCCGCCUGAUGCCGCCGAGCGCAAGAAGAGGGACAUGGUCAAGAUGAUCCGGAAGGCGCGAGUGGACGAAACUACGGUCGACAAGCUUGCCGCCAGUACCGAGGCAGAGGAGUUCAUUUCUUUUGACCUUAAUGAGCCUGGUGACAACGACAAGGCCGAAGAAGAAGAAAUUAUUCUUCCUCCUUCCGAGCCACCAUCCCCUCCCCCUCCCCCUCCCCCCCCAGUGCAGUCCUCUCCCCAUUCUGCUCGAGAGCCUCCCUCCGGACCUCGAGCAGACCGUGACAAAAGACCUGCCGCCAACGGAUCGGCUGCCUCAAUAGCUCCAUACAUGCCCGCUACUGACAAGCCUGCUGGCCUACCUCCCAAGCCCCUCGUCGCCGACGACGCUCUGGGCUCGCGGAAGCGCACUGCUGAUGACCGCAUUAAGCCUCCUACUUAUGGUCCUCUGAAGAAGGUCAACAAGAUGCCAGUCGGCGGCUCCAUUUUGCCGGAAUGGCAGAUCACCAAGGGCGAGGACCCUACACCCUGGAUCCAGACCGACCAUUCCAAAACGUCCGACAUGAGCGUCUGGCUCCAUAAGGAAAUCAUUGACUUUUACGAAGUUGUUCGACCUCGCGACUUUGAGCAUGAGAUGCGGACUCAGCUGGUGGAGCGACUGCGCAGAUCUCUUAAAACUAGUCAUUUCUACAAAGAUUGCGACGUUCGCCCCUUUGGAUCGUACAUGUCCGGUCUAUACCUCCCCACAGCUGACAUGGACUUGGUUGUCUGCGCGCGAAGUUGGCUCGACGGCGCGCACUCCAACUUCUUUGGUAUGAAAGCGUUGCGAAACUUUGGCAAGUUCCUCGCGCAAAACAAAGUCACCCACUACAACACCAUGGAGUUUAUUGCUAGCGCCAAGGUGCCCCUUGUCAAGUACAUUGACAACAUCACUGGUCUCAGAGUCGACAUCUCCUUCGACCGCCUCGACGGGCCCCAAGCUGUCAAGACGUUUGCAGAAUGGAAGGAACAAUAUCCGGCCAUGCCUAUCCUUGUCACCAUGAUCAAGCACUUCCUAGCGAUGCGUGGCCUGAACGAGCCCGUCAACGGAGGCAUUGGCAGCUUCACUGUUACUUGCAUGGUUGUGAGCAUGCUGCAGCUCAUGCCCCAGGUCCAGAGCCGCAACCUUAUCCCUGAGCACCAUCUGGGCGAGAUGAUGAUGGAGUUCCUCGACCUCUACGGAAACAGGUUCGAUUAUGUCAACACGGCGAUCCGCAUGAACCCACCAGGCUAUGUGCACAAGGUCCGAGUCCGCGAAGUUGUCUACAAGAACAUGGACCGUAUUUCAGUCAUUGAUCCCAACAACCCUGCCAAUGACAUUUCCGGCGGCUCAAGUAAUGCCGGUCGGAUCCUAGAAGAGUUCAGCGUCGCUCACAAGAUGCUGAAGAAGAGAAUGAGCGAGCUUGCUCAGCAGGGCUCCCGCACCGAUAGACCCGCUAGCAUCCUCGAGACUAUCUUUGCUGGUAAUUACUCUUCGUUCCGCCUCCAGCGCGCGCAUCUCCGCAAGCUGUAUGACUCCAGGUAA